AGAGGCCCGAACAGAGUAGCGGGCGCUCGGGGACUGCUGGUGAGAGACAGCAUGGGCAGCAGCUCGCUGUCCGAGGACUACCGUCUGUGCCUGGAGCGCGAACUUAGGCACGGCCGCGCGGGCGUGUGCGGGGACCCAUCGCUACGCGCCGUGCUCUGGCACAUCCUGGUGGAAGACUUCGACCUGCAUGGGGCGCUGCAGGAUGACGCGCUGGCACUACUCACCGAUGGCCUGUGGGGCCGCGCCGACCUGGCCCCUGCGCUACGCGGCCUGGCCCGCGCCUUCGAGCUGCUGGAAUUGGCCGCCGUGCACCUGUAUCUGCUGCCUUGGAGGAAAGAAUUCACCACCAUCAAGACUUUCUCAGGGGGCUACGUGCACGUGCUGAAGGGCGCACUCUCGGAGGAUCUUCUCAUCCAGAGCUUCCAGAAGAUGGGCUAUGUGCGCAGGGACGACCACCGCCUCAUGGUGGCCGCCCUGCCCCCCGCCCGCCAGCUUGUGCAGGUCGCCCUGGGCUGCUUUGCCUUGCGGUUGGAGUGUGAGAUCCUGGGCGAGGUGCUGGCGCAGCUGGGCACCAGCAUGCUGCCAGCCGAGGAGCUGCUGCAGGCACGGCGGGCCAGUGCGGAUGUGGCCUCCUGCGUGGCCUGGCUGCAGCAGCGACUAGCCCGCGAAGAGGAGCCGCCACCUGUGCCCCCCCGUGGCUCCCCGGCCCGGUGCCAGGCCCGGCUGGACCUGUACCGGGACCUGCAGGAGGAUGAGGGCUCAGACGAGACCAGCCUAUACGGGGGACCCUCGCCAGGCCCCGACUCACCCCCCUCGGAGCUGGCCUGCCAGCCUCUGUUCUGGGAGCAGAGUGCCAGACUGUGGGGCGUGGGGGGCGGGGCCUGGGAGGCUGAGGCCAGCAGCCCAGCCUCGGAGGAGGAGCCCGAGGCUGAGGUCUUCUCCCUCCUCUCACUGCGCCAAGAGCUGCUCAGUCGGCCCGGAGACCUGGCUGCCCCCCAAGCCCCUGGAACCCCUGAGCAGGCCAGCCCCCCCCGAGUCCCCGAGCCCCCCGGCUACCAGACACACAGCUGCCUGGGCCCUGGCGCCCUCCCCACCCUCUGCUGUGACACGUGUCGCCAGCUGCACACUUCCCACUGUGCCGCCCUGGCCACCUGCCGCCCGGGCCACCCGCUGCGCGCCCUGCACGGAAACCACCAGCGGCGCCUGUGGCUGCAGCGAGCCCAGGUGGACGCCUUGCUCUACGAUGCCCCUAGGCCCGCCUGGCCCUAGGCCCAGGGCUUUCUGGAGACACGUUCCGUGGUGCUUUUCUGGGCCUCAUCCCUCCUCGGGCCCGGGCCACUGGCCACCCUGCCUCCUGCC